AUGCCUCCUGCAAUCGACGCACCCAAACCAGCCGCUGGCCAGCUCCCCGCCCCGGCCAAGUCGACUCCGACCUUCUCCCCUGACCGUGUCACCGUCCUCUUCGUCCUCGGCGGCCCCGGCGCCGGCAAAGGCACCCAAUGCGCCAAGCUCGUCAAAGAGCACGGCUUCACCCACCUCUCGGCCGGUGACCUCCUCCGCGCGGAGCAGGAGCGGCCCGGCUCCCAGUUCGGCGACCUCAUCCGCCGCUAUAUCAAGGACGGCCUCAUCGUUCCCAUGGAGGUCACCGUCCAGCUCCUCGAGAAUGCCAUGACCGAUGCCCUGCGCAAGACUGGCUCCGUAACCGGCCGCUUCCUCAUCGACGGCUUCCCCAGAAAGAUGGAUCAAGCCCACAAGUUUGAGGAGGCCGUCUGCCCGGCCAAGAUGGUCCUCUUCUACGACUGCUCCGAGGAGGUCAUGGAGAAGCGCCUGAUGGAGCGUGGCAAGACGAGCGGCCGCGCUGAUGACAACGCCGAGAGCAUCCGCAAACGCUUCCGCACAUUUGUCGAGACGAGCAUGCCCGUCGUCGACUACUACGAGAAGGAGGGCAAGGUCAUCAAGGUCGAUGCCACGGCCACCCCUGACUCCGUUUAUGCAACCACCCAGAAGCGGCUUGCAGAGCGCCUCGGUGCCAAUUUUUAA